AUGGCCAAACGUCUUGUUAUUGAGGUUCAGCAUGCUUUACUCCUACCUACAUUUAGUGCUGAUGCCAGAACGCUCCUCAAGGUAAUAUUUCUUUUUCAGAGCCCUUACAGUCCCGGAGAAGAAGAGCCGAUAGAAGCACAAAAUCACCUCAGCGAAUUACGCUCCAAAGCCACUGCGGACCAAUUGAUCGUUCAUGACAACGCGUCCCGGGCUCAGUCCCCCAGCAAGUCGUCUAUACUGGAAUCCCAUAAUGACAUUAAUUUGGUCACCGAUACUUCUUUAUCACAAAAUGGAGGUAUCUUGGAGGAUGAGGCAAAUACGUCACAUAGCUCUACAACGAGUUCAAUGCAGUCGCUGCCAGAGGACAAAUCGGAUCAACGUUUACCAAACUCGCAAUUACUUCCGAGUACCUCGAUGAAUCCAGUAACUAAACUGAACUUGACAAAUUUAAAUUAUAGAGUCAAUUCUAACGUAGAGUCCCUCACAUCUCCACAACUUUUGACAUCUUCCAAAUUAGCUGGUGACACCAAAGAGAUCAAAAGCCCAGAAACAUCAACAACAGGGGAGGAAAACUGUAUAACGCAACUGGCCGCAUUGUUACAGCGAUGUCGUGUAUUUGAUAAAAAAGUAACAUUUAUCGGGCCGGUAUUAAACGAUUGUAAUAGAUCACGAAAUUCGUUUAAACAAACCAAUUCUGAGUUUACUAGAGCCAUUUAUACACCUGUUGUACCGAUGACUUCGGUGCAUUGUGAAAAGGUUAUGUGA